AUGCUUCACCGACUCGUUAAAAUUGCGAACCAUACCGAAUAUGGGCCUGACGGGGUUAAAUUGAGUUCGGAGUUUCGUACGGCGACCAGCAGAAUCAUUGAUCACUACUUGAAAGGAUGUACCGCUGGUCAAGAGCUUCGCGAGCGCUUGGUCGACACGAUAUACCUACGUCAAAGGAAUUUCUCAUACCUCAAGUCACAGAAAAUUAAUCGUUUCGCGAAAAAGCAAGCCCCUGCACAGCUGCCGUCUCGCGGGGGGUCGACUUUAACGCCGAGCUUCAGUGUCAUAACGCCCGUGACAGCGACAGGGCUGAAAGAGGAGCUUCUCGAAAUUAAACCUCGUCUAGAUCUGCGGCGCUCGUUACUGACAGCGACAACAGCACAAGUUGAUCAAGUCCCACUGGAUCGCUCGAUUCAGUCGUCAAUAGGAGCUUCACAAUCAGAGGUUUCGGGUGAAGACCUGGAGCUUCCACGGCCACCUGAUGUCCCCUUUGGUCGAAAGGAGUUGGAAUGCCCUUAUUGUUUGGUGGUUUGUCCUGUCAAAGAAUUUGAGUCAGAUAACUGGAAGAAACACAUUUUGGCAGACAUCAUGCCAUACGUUUGUGUCCUGGAAUCUUGUCCAAUGUCACCUACGCUCUUCACGUCAAAAAAGGACUGGCUGAAUCACAUGAAGAAUGGUCACAAAUUAAAGAGCUGGACAUGUUUGGAUCAUGAGACAAAAUUGUCUUUUCCAACAAGUCCUGAAUUUUUCCAACAUAUGUACGAUCAACAUUAUGGUGAAUUCGAGGAAGAAGAUUUAGAUGAUCUUGCCGACGCAUGCUUUCAGAGCAUAACGACGGACCUCGCAUUCGAAACAUGUCCUUUCUGUCCAGAAAGUGAUCAAAAAGAUAGUUUGAUGACCGGUGGUGGUAUCCAGCACCUUUCAAGCCACCUGAUGUUGUUCUCCAGGAUCUCACUCGAUGGGUACACAGAGGAGCAAAUUUCAUCUUCGGAUGUCUCGAGCUCGACCCAUCGAACGAGAGUUUCUGCAGAGCGAAUACUCUCAGAGACUAUCACGGAUGGAUUACAGCCAGGCUUCUUCGAAUAUGCAGACCAGAAUCCGAUAGAUGUUGAGCUCAUGGAAUCUCAGCAGAUUCCACCGGACCCUGGCGAAGAGAAUUGGGAGCUCUUUUCAGAGGCGCAGAAGGAAUCCCAACCUGAUGUCAAUGAUGAUCCGAUUCUUAAAAAUUUGAGCCAGAAUUCUCCAAGAAAUGAGCAGUUGAAAAGGUCGACGAGCACUCCAUCAUUUAAAAACGAACACCAAAUCAAACUAGACCAAAUGAACUUAUCUGAGGCGGGCUACAUUGCUUAUUUGGAUCACAUUGUCCAAAGCUAUCGGGCCGACACUUCGUUGAAGGACAACACAGAAACGUACAAUCUCCAAGUUCAGCUUUCCAGGCUGAUAACGCAACAUAACAUACUGGUGUCCCAACUUCACCAUCUCAAAGACGAGCAGCAAGAAAGCUAUAUUAACACCCUUGGGGAUUGGCUUGAUCAAGCAAAAUUCCAUUUCAUGGAAUAUUUUGAAGCAGCCGCAGAAGUUAUUAGACAAGACUAUGCGUUGAAUCUGAAAAAAGUCGAAACCGAGGGUAGCCCAGUAGUUGGAAUCGAUAUCGAAACUCAUCUAGAGUCGCCUAGAUGGAUUCUCGAGCGCUACAGACACUUUCUAUCGUCCGUUCAUGAUAGAAAGAGGUAUACGUAUACCAAACGCAGAAGCGCUGCCUCGGUUAUCCAACAGAUCCAUAAGCUGCUAAAUUACGCAGUUUUCUUUCUCGGAAGCGGGAACUCAGACGCACCACUUGAAUUACCAUUUGACCGAUUCCACGUUGCUGACAAGUAUCCAAAUACUGAGGAAGCAAUAGUGGAUCGUUUCGGGCUUGCAAUAACCCGGCGUCGCUCAGUGAUACGAUAUCGUCAGCGCCAACGAGACGCGCACGACGAAGAUCCCAAUCAGUUCACUGGUGACGAUGAAGAGGCGGAAGUUGUGAACGGCGACCAAGAUGCCGAAAGCAACCCGUCGUCCCUAAGCGGUAUCUCUUGGACCACGGGUAACGGAGGAGGGGCGUAUUAUUCGCUUCCAAGUUUUACGGUCGGAGCCCCGUUCGAAUGUAAAAUCUGCUUCUCCGUCAUUUCCAUAUCGAGUCGGCGAGCGUGGGCUCGCCAUGUCUUUGGCGAUCUUAUGCCGUAUCUUUGUUUCUACCCAGACUGUCCAACACCAAAUCGCCUGUAUGGGAGUGGAUGGGAAUGGUUUGACCAUUUGCGGAGCCAGCAUUCCGUAUCAAACGACCCUGAUGCCAUUAUAGACUGUCCACUCUGCCAAGGGUCUGUUUCAUCUGGCAAACAAUUUAGGAGACACCUAGGCCGUCAUAUGGAACAACUAGCAUUAUUUGCACUGCCGACCUCGGAAAUGGCCAAUGAGGAAGAGCCUGAUCAGGAAGAUAUGACUGAUGAUCAAGAAGAUAUGACUGAUGAUCAAGAACUUGAAGAUACGAGUGAUGAAGAGGAUCACAAAGGUCACGACACGCCUAUAAAUCUUUAUGCAUUAGUGGGUUAG